AUGCAGACGAAAGCUGAUUAUGAUAAAGAAUGCAAAAUAUGCACGCGCCCAUUUACAGUUUUCAGGUGGAGGCCUGGACGUGAUGCUAGAUAUAAGAAAACAGAGAUUUGCCAGACAUGUAGUAAGUUAAAAAAUGUAUGUCAAGUUUGCCUUUUGGACCUUGAAUAUGGCUUACCGGUUCAGGUUCGGGAUAUCGCCCUAUCUAUCAACUCCAAUGAUUCUAUUCCGAAGAGCGAUGUGAAUAGGGAAUAUUUUGCUGAGGAGCAUGAUCGGAAGGCUAGAGCUGGUAUUGAUUAUGAGUCUUCAUAUGGAAAGGCACGGCCAAACGAUACUAUUCUGAAGCUUCAACGAACUACGCCGUAUUACAAGAGGAACCGUGCACAUGUUUGUAGUUUUUAUAUUAGGGGUGAAUGCACCAGAGGUUCUGAAUGCCCUUACAGACAUGAGAUGCCUGAAACUGGAGAGUUGUCCCAGCAAAAUAUAAAGGAUCGUUAUUACGGGUAUGGUUGAUCUAUUUAUUUUGAA